AUGAAUGACGUAGUGGUGCGAGUGCUGGUGCCACUGGACCCUAACGCUGCCUCAUCAUCAUCGAAGGUCGCCAAGACUGCCGCGCCCGCAGGCUUCGAGGAAGUGCAGGAGACUCUGCCUGGCAUCUUCAGCCUCAAGGUGCUCAAGCACAAUCUGUGCAAGCGGCGCUACUGGAACGCAGACAACUACCGCCUCAUCCUACGCACCUUCGAAGAUGAAGUCCUACUCGAGGCCGCAGAUGAAGAUGUCGAUGUAGAUGACGACGUAGGGCGCAACAAGGGGGGCGGUCGAGGCCAGGCCCAGGCCCCGCUGGCCGACCGAAAAGAAGGCGCGGCCGGCGGCAUCGGUGGUGGUAUGAACAAGAAGGUCGAGCUGUGGACCUGGCUGCAGGACGAAGACACGAGCCUCAUGGACAUUCCUGGCAUUGCUGGCGGCGGCGAGGUGUACCUGGAGGCGCGGCGGCCCGACGGCGGCUGGCCCACGGACCGGUUCGACCCGGUCAAGGCGGCCCUCGUCAAGGCCGAGCAGGCCCGGCGACGACAGGCCAACCAACAGCGACGCGCCAAGCAGCAGCCGGACAUGAAGAAGGUCAACCUCUUCGCAGUCGUGGAUGACGUCAGCACCACCACCAGCACCGGCGGUGGAGGUGGGCAACGGCAACAGGCCACGGAGAAGACUGAGGCAACGGGCCAGCAGCAGGCGGCGCCGAGCGGCUGGUCUGCGUUCCUCCAGCAGGGCAGAGAUUUCCUGAGCGGCGCGCAAGGAGGAGGGUGGUACGACGACGAAGACGAAUGGGAAAAGCCACAGCAGGCGAGCGGCUUCCCGGCCUUCUCAGCUCCGCCCGGCUAUCAGAUGAGCGAGGAAGAACAGCUCCAAGCUGCGAUGAUGCUCUCCCGCGUGGCCGCCGACGAAGACGCCGACAAGGAGCAGGAUUUCGAGGGGCUGAUGCUGAGCAAGGGCCUGCUGAUCAAGAAGAUCAGCGACGACGGCAACUGCCUGUUUGGCGCCGUGGCCGACCAGGCCUACGCCGACCCCGCCCUCCACGCCGAGCUCCGCAAACAGUGCCUUGACUACAUGGAGAAGGAUCGGGACCACUUCUCGCAGUUCGUGACCGAGGACUUCGAGGCCUAUGUGCUGCGCAAGCGGUGCCUGGGCGUCUACGCCAACAACCCGGAGAUCCAGGCCCUCUCCGAGAUGCUCGGCCGGCCCAUCGAAGUCUAUUCCUACGCCUCAGAGCCGAUGAACACAUUCCAAGGGGCGGGUGGCGGCGGCGCUCGGCCCAUUCGGAUCAGCUACCACCGGGGCAACCACUACAACUCGCUGCGAUCGCUCGACCCGACGACGGAGGAGGCGCCGCUGCCCGCACUCGCGCCAUCGGGGGCAGCAGCGGCAACGACAGCGCCGCCGUCGCAGGCUACGCCAGCCGGCGAGGGCGAGAACGCGUGCUUCCUGUGCGGACAGCAGUGCGUCGACUACGAGGACCUCCAGAUCCACAUGUUCACCACGUGCGAAAAGAAGGACCUCCUAUGA